AUAGUUUGAAAGAGGUUGACGAAUAUAAAAACAAAAAUGUCUUAGUUGUUGGAAUGGGCUGUUCUGCUUUAGACGCUGCAGUUGGAGUAAGCGAUGUUGCCAAACAAGUCUAUUUGAGCACACGGACUGGAGCAUAUGUUCUAAACAGAGUUGGACCACACGGAUAUCCCAUAGAUUACUUCUUUAUGAGAAGGCAUUUGUACAAAAUGAUGGAUAUUUUCCCAUUACAAGUAUGUAAUUGGUACAUGGAGAAAUUCUAUAUUGAUAACAGGUUCCAUCAUAAACUAUAUAAUGUACCUCCAAAAUAUCACUUCUUUAACAAGGAUCCUGUCAUUAAUGAUCAUUUUGGCUCAAAGUUGCUGUCUGGAUCUAUAAUUCAAAAGAGAGAUAUUGAACGUUUUACAGAGAAGGGUGUCUAUUUCGAAGAAAGCAGUGAGGAGACAGAAAUAGAUGCUGUCAUUAUGGCCACAGGAUACACAUGGAAAUUUUCAUUCCUAGAAGAGGGAAUAGUAACUCAAGAAAAGAAUGGACGAAUCAAUUUAUACAAAGGAAUAUAUCCUCCCCAACUCAAACAUCCAACUCUUGCAAUAAUUGGUUUCCUCUUGACAUUCGGACCUGGGUUCCCGACUGGCGAGUUACAGUGUCGAUGGGCAGCUCAUAUGCUUGCAGGAAAAGGACACUUACCAUCCUCAAGAAAGAUGCUAAAAGAUAUCGAAAGAACGCAUCGUGCAAAUGCGAAGAGAUAUUCCCCAAGUGAUAAAAUGACUUUGAGGGUUGACUGUUUGCAAUACAUGGACGACAUCGCAUCAAAGUUUGGGGUAAAGCCAAACCUACCUAAGUUAUUUUUUACUGACAUCCGGCUAUUUUGGAAGAUCUGUUGGGGUCCUUUCGUCUCUUAUCAGUAUCGACUUCAAGGACCACAUAAAUGGAAAGGAGCAAGAGAAGCCAUUAUGACAUCGAAGCAGCGAAUGUUAUAUCCCUUACAGAGAGAUGGCUCUAAAUAAUUAAGAAUGAAAUUUUAUUAAUGAAUAUUUAUAAGAUACAAUAUAAAAAUAAUAUGAAAGUAUAUAUACGAUAUUCAUAUAUAUGUAUGCAUAUAUUUAUGAAGAGGCAAGAAAUUAAUAACGCGAUACGUCUGAAAUCAUUUCACUACUAAAAGACUGCCGAAUUAAAAGAAAUGUUUUCGUCAGUCUAAAAACUCUAUUUAUAGAGAGUUGACAUGCGCAUCAAGGUUUUUCUACGUGCUUAAAUCUUCAUUUAUUUUUAAUAUGCAUCAAAAUAAAUCUAAUCUUACAGAAUUUAAACACUCAACCAUCAAAUAAUUUUUGAAAAUAUUUUUGCUGAAAAUAAAAGGAAAUUGCCAUUUUUCUGCAUUUAAACGCUUUUCGAUUGCAUUUACAAAUUUAAAGCACAUUAUUAUUCCCUUAUACAAAAAGUAUUUCACAUUUUCCUUCAAGGAAUUAGUGAGUUUAGAGCUGAAGAUAUGAUAAAUAUCUUCAAUCGUAUAUACUGGUUAAUAUGAUUUUUAUAAUAGUCGGUAAAAAUUAAAUUAUUUUACAGUUGAUUUUCUUUGUAUUUCAACUCUGUAAUAUUUAAUUAUGAGUUAUAGAUUUUAACUUGAA